GUGUUUGAGGUGCCACCUGGUAUCCAGGGUGUCGCACGUUUCAGAGAAUCAAGGGCUGUCGUUUCUACUCUUUGAAACCAGGUCUGUUUGAACAGGUGAUUCAUUGAUUGGAUGAGGCUGUUUUCAUGCACUUUAUUCAGUUUUUCUUCUUCCUCUUUAUUUAAUAUUUCAGAUGACGUGGUGCCAUACUUUAAGACAGAGCCGGGCCUGCCGCAGACGCACCUGGAGGGGAACCGCCUGGUCCUCACCUGCCUGGCUGAGGGGAGCUGGCCUCUGGAGUUCAGGUGGCUCCGUGACGACAGAGAGCUCACCCCCUACUCCAGCGAAUAUAGGUACAUCAUCCCGUCCUUGGGGAGGCUGGACGCCGGGUCUUACCGCUGCACCGUGCGGAACAGGAUGGGGGCGCUCCUGCAGAGGAGGUCGGAGGUCCGCGUCGCGUAUAUGGGAAACUUCCUGGAUACAGACCAGAGGAAGACAGUUCCGCAAGGACAGGCAGCCGUCCUGGACCUACUGCCCCUCAGCAGCUACCCUAGACCGCAAGUGACCUGGUUCAGGGAAGGACACAAGAUUAUUCCCAGCGACAGAAU